UACAGUUUCUUUGAAUUUAAAGGUUAUAUAUGGAUCAUUAACUUUUACAAUCUUAACCUUGUUGUUUAGAAACCUAGAUAAAAGGGCAAAAGCAAAACUAAAUAACUAUUCUAAAAUCAAACUCAUAGAUGUAUGCAACUAAAACAAUAAGCUCAAACUGUAAAAUCGGACCAAAACUAGUCUGUUGGUAACAGUUUAGUUUCGUUUUAUUUUCAACUUUUUGGUUUGUUUUGGUUUUACUUUUCAACAAUUUGUUAUCGGUUUAUAAUUUUAUAUUAGUCAAAAACCAUUAUUCACGGUGUGACCUAAAAACCGUUAAAACAAGACCCUAUAUAGUUUAACGUAAUUUUCUUAACGCUCGUAAAAAUAAAAUGUCAAGAAACCAUAAGAAAAUUUACAAAAUCUACCCUCUAUUUGGAAUCAUUUAAAAAAUAUGAUAAAAAAUUUUAUUUUAUUUUAUUAAACUAGCUAGUGCUGGAAAUUGAAGAAAAGUGUUUGUUAAGUGUCAUUUGGCACAAGUAGAGGAGUCAAUGCAGGCUUCUGCCUACAAACAAUUCAAAUGUUUCUUAUUUUAUUCCAUCUUUAAAAUGGUCAACGAAACACGAAAGCUCUUAAUUUUGUUCAGGUUUUUCUUGUUUUUUUUUUAAAUAAAAAAACAAUUUUGAAUAUGAGUUGUACAUAAAAAAAAGACACUGUUCUUUAAUCCAAUAUAAAUAUAUAUAGUUGUUUCUAAAUAAGUUAUUACAGGCUUAACAUAAAGUUUAAUCCACAUGUCACAAGUUACAUAGAUUAUCUUAUUAAAAAUAUUCUUAGUUAUAUAUAUGAAGACUCAUCACACAUCUAUUUUCACAACUUCCAUUUGGCUGUUAUGGGCAAGGCAAGUAGAUGGAUCAGAAACUUGUUGCUAGGCAAAAAGGAGGACAAAAUUAACAACGGCGAUCACGGUGGUGGCGCGAUUAUACCGUCGUCUCCACCACCCGUCACUGCCAUCAUACCGACAACUCCACGGAGGCGAUGGAGCUUUAGAAGAACAAAUAGCACACAAAAACUAGUAGUCAAUCACAAGAGCAGCCGAUCAUUUGAUUCUAUCAUGAACUCUCAGUUAUUAUCGCAAGCGUUGUUUGACUACGCGAUUCAGCACCAAAGCCACACCACUAAGCUGGUGGUUACACCCACCACAACAAGAGUAUCGAGUGUAGUUGCGGUCAAUGCUGCAACCAAGAUUCAAGCGGCUUUUCGUUCUUAUUUGGCACGAAAGGCGUUGUACGCUUUACGUGGGCUAGUGAAGCUACAAGCGCUAGUUCGGGGUCAUUUGGUGCGAAAACGCACGACAGUAAUGGUUAGAUGCAUGAGUGCACUCGUCGCCAUUCAAGUUAGAGCUCGCUUUCAAAGGAUUCAAAUGGUUGACAAUGCGGGUUCCACUAGUAAGCAAGGAUUUGUGAUGGGUGAUGAGCGUCGUCUAAGUGCACCACAAUUGGAUUACAAGGAUAAAUCGGGCCAAUUCGGAAGCAAACCUAGUCGACAGUCAUCUAGAAGAUUCUCGAUAGAUUCGUCAUCAUUGACAAGUGAAAAAUCAACGAGAUCGCAUAGCAAGCCAGUCGAUGAGCUUGUUGGAUCAUCACAAACAAGUACACCGCAUAAUGAACCAAAUUACAUGACCAAAACGGAGUCUUCAAGAGCGAAAGCACGGUCACAUAGCGCACCAAGGCAACGACCCACAAAACAAAAACGUGAAAAUAGGCGAACUUCAUCACAAUCGAGCAACGAUUUCGAAUUUGACUCAGCCAGUACUUGUACCAAUGGUUCAUCUUAUUAUACAACUCUUUACGAGUACGAGAUGGCUCAAAAUUCAUAUUAAACUAAGACGGGCCAACGGAACCAACGUACUAAUGACACCGAGAGAAACCCGACUAAAGAAAGCUGUUUAUACACCGAAUGAGUUAGGCUUCUAUGAUGUAUUUUCUUAUUUCUUUUCAGUUGCAUACUUAAACUUCUACACACUAUAAAUAAAUGGCCAGUUACGGUCGCAUUCUUACUGGUUCA